CUUUUAAUAUUUUAUGAUGGGUGCGAUCUUAAAUUAUCUGAUAAUGACUAUCCGGCGUUUAAAAAUACCGCACAUGGACGCAUUUACCUCACUUCUCAUAGGGUAAUAUUUGUGUCCAAAAAAGCAUCUUCUCUUAUGUCAUUCUCUAUGCCAUUCGUUAAUAUGAAAGGUAUUCAAAUAAAGCAGCCCGUCCUUGGGGCCAAUCGUAUUGAAGGAAAAGUCUAUCCGCAGCAACAUGAACCUUGGCAGGGCUCUGUUACAUUCUUUCUGACUUUUAAUCAUGGUGGAGCUAUCGAAUUUGGAAAGGCUCUACUUCAGCUAGGAAAGUUGGCAACAAGCUCUCAGCAUGUGUCUGGUAGCUACCAAAGGAUGCCUGCGGCUGCGGAUUAUUAUGCUUGUCCUCCGCCUGCCUAUGCUCCUCCUUUUACCGACCCCUUCUACCACUUCGUUCCUCAACAUGAUGCAUUCACUGUUCCUCCAGCAAAUAGUUUAUUCCAGUACUCCACGCCACCUCCUUAUCCUGGUGCGGUGCCAGUAGUAGCGCCUUUCCAGCCCAGCCCAAGCGGACCAAUGGGACCGCCCUGCUAUUCGCCUGGACCCUACCCCGCUCCAAGUUAUCCCACAAACGGAGCUUCAUUUACUGGCGUUUCAUCUAAUAGUUAUCCUAUGUGUCCUUACCCUGGUGGUACGAUAAGUAACACUCAUCAGCAGGCUUCGCCAAACUACCUACCAGUCGAUGGAGCUUCUAGUAUGACACCAGCUCAAGCAGGUAACUGA